AUAAAUACUACAAUUACAUAAUGGUAAACCGCAGACUUGUUGUAAGAAAGCUUCUUUGUGUUUUAAUAAAGGAGCAAGUUAAGACUUCUUCCACAUUGCAUAUCCAUUUACAUCAACAUCAACGCGUCCCCACUUAUCUCCUAAAUCCCAAGUCACAAAAUUCACCGCAAACUUGGGCUGUAGAAAUAAGUAUAUUUAGUUUUGUUUAUUCUAAAAUAUAAAAGUUCUCACCAAAAAAAAAAAAAAAUUCAACGGUGAUGUAGAACCCACUGAAAGGUUCAGAGCUGUCGUUUCCUCAUCCAUUCUAAUGAUCUCUCUUAUAUAAUCCCCUUCACACUCGCCACCAUAUUCUCAUGCAUCUUACUCAUUUCAUCAUCUCUUACUAACCCAAAAAACAAACACACAAACAAAAAAUAAAGAAAAUAAUAAAUAUUAUGGAUCUUCUCCUUCUCUUGUUCUCUAUUCUUCUCUCAUAUCUCUUCUUCAAGAUCUGGAAACUCAUAGACUCAAAGAAAGACAAAGACUGCUACAUCUUAGACUACCAAUGUCAUAAACCAUCGGACGACCGAAUGGUGAGCACUCAGUUCAGCGGAGAAAUCAUUCACCGAAACAAGAACCUCGGUUUAAACGAAUACAAGUUCCUUCUGAAAGCCAUCGUAAGCUCAGGGAUUGGAGAACAAACCUACGCUCCAAGACUCGUCUUCGAAGGCCGAGAAGAGCGUCCUUCAUUACAAGAUGGGAUCUCGGAGAUGGAAGAUUUCUACGUAGAAAGCAUCGGAAAACUCCUGGAGAGACAAAAAAUCUCACCUAAAGAAAUCGACAUCCUCGUAGUCAACGUCUCCAUGCUCUCCACAAUGCCUUCUUUAGCUUCAAGAAUCAUAAACCAUUACAAGAUGAGGGAAGACGUCAAGGUCUUCAACUUGACCGGGAUGGGAUGUAGCGCGAGUCUAAUCUCCGUAGACAUUGUGAAGAACAUUUUCAAGAGCUACGCAAACAAGUUAGCUCUUAUUGCUACAUCCGAGUCUUUAGGCCCUAAUUGGUACAGCGGAAACAACCGUUCGAUGAUUCUAGCUAACUGCUUGUUCCGGUCCGGUGGCUGUGCUAUUCUUUUGACUAACAAACGUAGCUUGAGAAAGAAAGCUAUGUUUAGGCUUAAGUGUAUGGUACGGACUCACCAUGGAGCUAGAGAGGAUUCUUACAACUGUUGUAUCCAGUCCGAGGACGAACAAGGCCGUGUAGGGUUUUACUUGGGGAAGAAUCUACCAAAAGCGGCGACUCGAGCUUUUGUAGACAAUCUCAAGGUCAUAACACCCAAGAUUCUUCCAGUAACCGAGCUCUUCAGGUUCAUGCUAAAGCUACUCAUCAAGAAAAUCAAGAUGCAUCAAAACCCUAGCAAGGCCUCCAUGAAUCUCCCACCGGGGACUCCUAUAAAGGCAGGGAUCAACUUCAAAACCGGGAUCGAACAUUUUUGCAUUCAUACUGGAGGAAAAGCGGUGAUUGAUGGGAUUGGACAUAGCUUGGAUUUAAGCGAGUAUGAUAUUGAACCGGCGAGGAUGACUCUUCACCGGUUUGGGAAUACAUCGGCUAGUAGUUUGUGGUAUGUUUUGGCUUAUAUGGAAGCUAAGAAGAGACUGAAGAGAGGAGAUAGAGUGUUUAUGAUAAGCUUUGGAGCUGGUUUUAAAUGCAAUAGCUGCGUUUGGGAAGUUGUGAGAGAUCUCACCGUUGGAGGAUCAAAAGGGAAUGUGUGGAAUCAUUGCAUUGAUGAUUAUCCACCUAAAUCGAUUUCGAAUCCUUAUUUGGAGAAGUUUGGUUGGAUUCAAGAUGAAGAACUUGAUACUUUCAAGAUCCCUGACGGGUUUAUGUAAAACGUUUCCGCACAAAAACGCAAACGCGAAAAUAACACAAAAGUUAAAAAUGAAAACGCAAGAAAAAUGGAAAAUAAAUUGAAGACGAGUUUGUUUGGUGAGAAAACAUUCAAUGAGCAUUUCAUUCCACCACCAGAUCCCGGGCCCUAUUUUUCUCCAUAGAAAAUGACAAAAUUGAUAGGCAUCCCUUAUUAACAAAUUAGUAUUUAAUUAAGUACGCAUAUAUAAUAAAGUUUACUCAUGCCUCACGACAAACAAUAAAGUUAAAAAAUGUCCCAAUUAGGACUGAUUUAAUUGACUUAUUUAGUAAUCGGGGAAGAAAGAAUAUUUACUAAACAUCAUUAUCUCAGACUCUCAAAUGACAUUUUGAUGCCAUAAUUACAGAAAUAUAAGCCGUUAUAGCUUCAUACUUUGCGAAUAAAGGAAAUGAAAAUGAUAUUUUUCCAGGUUAGAGCCGACUCAUACUAGAUCACUUGACUCUGUGACUUAUUUUAUGAACCAGACGUCUUUAUUCUAUGUAGUGAAUUCAAUAUAGUUGGAGUUCUUAUUACAAAAGGAAAACGAGAGACCCAUCAUUUUCAUUUUAAAUUCAUUAAAUGGUAAAAGUAAAACCGACCCAUUGUGUCCAACGUCAAAUGCGACCCCUUGUUCUAUGGAUGAAAACCAGGAAAUUAAAGUAGUAGGAAUUUGAAUUAGUAUAUUGCUUCUUAAUCAGGAUAUGUUUUCUAUGGUAGUAUCUUUUUUUUUUUGAACACAUUUGAGUGUGUUAUUAGUUAGUCUGUAGAAGCCUUCUUUACUUUUUUUUUCUAUCAUUUAGAAUUAUCAAUCAUAUUUUAAAUUAAUUUUUAAAGUUACAAUAAAAAUUAUCUAUUUAUUAACGUAAUAUUUUUCUAUGAUAUAGGAACAUAUAUAAUUGUAAAAUAAUUAUUUUUUAUUUUUAAUCUAGUUUUAACAGUAAAUUAUACAUUAUAAUUUUCAAAAUUAUGUCUCAAUCAAUCAGCUCCAAGUAGUAGUAUCUUGAACCAUAUUUUAUCAUAUACUGAGAUUUGGGAUUUCUCAAAUUUGAUUGCUUGUUAUAUAUAUUGUAAACAUAUAUAUGGAAAAAUGUCUCUUAAUCAAAAUUUUUUUUUUGAAACUAAUUUUUUUUAACUAUUUUCAAUUUGUGCGUGUCAUACUUACACAUGGAUCAUGCUAAUAUAUCAUGUAUCUGUCAAUUUUAUCGGAUGUCCCCAAAAAGCCUUUUUGUCAAAAUAUUGUUUACAUAUGGUUGGAGAUCAGUUAUUUUGUAUGGGAUUAUAAAGUUUUUGUGUGGGAUAGUUAUAUAUUUUGACGACUUAUGUUUCUAAUAUAAUACAACAACUGUUCGGAGAUUUUAGUAUUAAUAAUAUAUUUAAUUUAUAGCUUUUUAUAUUUAAUUUAAUUCGACCGUAUAAUAAUAAGAAAAAAAAGGAACAAGCUAAAAGGGUAAUAAAUAGGGAUGGGUACGUGACAGAAGAAAGAAAGCGGUCCAAAAUCGAAUAAAAGUACUUUUGCUACUCUUUCUUUAAAUUCGCCACUCAAGACAGAUAAACGUUUAUUUCUCCCACAUACACGUGGGAAUAUUAGGUGCCGUUGAUCCUCUAAGAUCUAUUAUCAAUAAAUAGGAAUCUGUAUCAUUGUAACGACACAACGUGAUUUUUUUUCCUUUGGUUGAAUAAAUCAAUCCAACAGAAGUAAUCGUGUUUUACUGCCUGAUUUCGUAAUGUUUAAACCUAAUUUAUCACUGAAUCAUCCACCUUUCUUUUUCUAGUUACAAUACAUUUUGAAUAAUAUGAUUUUCUUUCAGAAUUCAUAUAUAACAUUUCUUUUAGCUAACUUCUAUUUGAUAAUAAGAGAAAAUAUACUACUCUCUGAGAACAUGUUCCUACAUUUAGGAUGAAAAAUGGCAGUAAAAAUGAGGUUUACAAACGAUCCCAAACGAGUUAGGGGUCAAAACGGUGAUAAAUGUUUCUUUCGUAAGUACUUGUUUGAGACAGUUACACAAGGAGACACAUUGUGUGUUUGUUUUUCGGUGGGAGACACAAUGUGAGUUUGGCACACAUUCCUUCCACUUUAUCCCGCCAGCUGUCCUUUAUUGCCCAGAACUACCCUUGGUUAUUGUAAAGAGAGUGUUAGCUUUUUAGAAGUCUUGUUUCUUUCUUUAUAACUAUAUUACGGUUCAGUUGUAAUAAAUGUAAAGAUACAGCUAUGGGUUUUAUGUUGGAUGGUGCAGUCGUGGAUGGAAGAUAUGUGAACGUGUGGACGAGGCUUCGUGGACGAGGUUUUUAAUCUUACAAGAGUUUCGUAGACUAGAUUUCGUGGACGAAGUCUUGUGGAUGGUUUUAGUGGAUUAUAAGUUCAUCAUUUUCAUAAAAAGAUGAUCAAACUUUUCUUUCAUAUAUAAUAAAUUUAAGU